AGCUUCUCCAGUAUGUGAUUGCUCCGUAGCUGACAAUGGGUCCCAGGUUUAUAAGGUACGACUGGAGCCUGCUGUCUUCACUGCGAACACUACUUUAAUAACAAUCCCAUACAUAACGAGCCCAAAAUGCGCGUCCAACAAAUAUGUCUCGGAGUUAGCACUCACAAGCAACUGAGCUCUCCUGCUGAGGUUAACCCUUCUGACCGGAAAAAAGACCGGGAGAGAUGCACAGCAAGCCUACUCCGGUCAUGUCCGGCAUCAGUAUGGCCCGAGGGGUCUGCCACGGCGCAUUCACAUCCGAUGCUGGUCACAGUCGAAGACCACAUUGAUCAUAUCAGUGCUAUUCAUGAAGCUCUCAGGGCAGCAAUUGUGAACAUUGUUAAUCGGUGGUGGUCGGAUACCAAGGCCAAUUUCCCUGCGCGUAUGCCAAUUGAGCCUUAUGAAGAGAGUCUUUUGCGGUGGAUGGAAGCCUUGCCAGCCGGGACAACCCGCCCAUUCGAUGAAUGUCUGGGAUCCUGGCGACCUGACUUUCUGAUUGAGGAUGUUGUAGAUGCGUCCAAGCCCGGCGGGACUCGCGAGCAGUUCCGCAUUUGUGAGAUCAAUGCUCGAUUCUGCUGGAAUGGUUUUUUUCAUGGAGCGUAUGGCCAGCGUGCCUUGGAUGAUUUGGGUGCACGGGAAAAGGGUUUCCGGGGAGCAGCAGAUUGUGAGGAGACAAUCAAUGAGCUACUGACUCUUGUCGACACAUCCAAGCCCCUGCAUCUUCUCAAAGGGGAAGAGCAUGGAAUUGACAUCUGGCUAUUGGCUUGGGCGGCUGAACAGCGGACUGGGAUCCGCCCUCGAUUCAUCACUCCUGAAGAUCUACGCUUAGUCCCAUGUGACAAGGCACCUCUGGGUCAGAAGCUGUGCUGUGUCAUCCCUUCAGAUGCAAUAACAUCGCCGGAAUCGACCGUCUUUGAAUUAGAGGGCGAACGACUUGAGGAUGUUCAUCAAGUCAACCUAGAACUUCAUCAACGGGAGCUGCGGGCAAUGCCCAUUAAGGUCCUCCGCCACUUGUCCCUGCGCUGCUUCAAUGAUCUGCGUGUCAUUUUACUCGUGCAUGACAAGCGUAUGCUAGGAAUUAUUCUUCAGGAACUCGAUGCUCUCGUCCAUCGCCACGGGGUUCUGACUCCAAAACAGGCUGAGAUUCUUCGAGAGGGUAUCUCAACGACCUUCAUCCCAGGAUCUUCUGAAAUCUCCCAGCUCAAGAAGGACUGUCACCACAACCCGAAUCUCAAAGACAACUUCAUCCUGAAACCGAUUCGGAGUGGGAAAGGCGCGGGCAUCCUCUUUGGUGACGAACUCUCGCCGGAAGAUUGGCAGACCAAGCUAGAAAGUUGUCAGCAGGCAACGAUAUUCCCUGGUCAGAUCAGCUAUAUCGUCCAGCGGAAGAUUCCUCAAGCAAUAUAUGAUGUUUACUCGAGGGAUAGUGAGGAGAGCAGGAAGAUGCACCUGGUUGGGACGUAUCAUGUCGUCAAUGGGCGGUAUCUCGGUCUGGGGACAUGGCGAAGUAGUCCAGCACGUAUCUGUGCCAUCUCUCGUGGUGGUUCAUGGAUUUGUUCUAUAUAUUGAGAUAUAGUUCUGCAUAGUACUAUUCUACUAUUUCAAUGCCCUAUUUGGGACAUGGUUUUCUGGGGUCUAAAGUGGGAUCGUCAAUUCCACGUUUGUAUCUUAGCCUUUAAAUUGUAAGAAAUCAAUUGGUAGCGAG